AUGCCUCCUUCUGGGCCCCCUCCGUAUAUAUGGGGAGUCAAGCCUGAGGACCAGCAAUACCCAAGAAAGCGGAAGGCCCCGCUUCUUGACGAAAUGCUGGUCACAUUCCCAGAUUCGAAACGGCUUACCCCAUCUACUGGUAAUAAGUACGAAGACAUCGUAAAGUACAUGAGGGAACGUCAUAGGGAACAGAGACAGCGACUACUGAGCCGACACGAGAAGGAAUACAAAGAAUGGAAAGAAGAGACUACUAAAUGUAUUGACUUCGAAGCAACCUACAAAUACAACUUCCCUAUAGGUCGCCCAAAUGCCAUAAUGCUCCCCGAGUCCAUUGACCUCAUAUCCACCCCUGAAGCGAGUGCCGCCUUGCAGCGACUACCGGAAACUCGUCGAAAUAUCGUUGUUUCGGUGGAUCAGCUUAAAGUACCAGAGGGGCUUUCAGAAAUAGAUGAGUACCGGACGAAGCAGUUUUCACAUCCCGAAUUUACCGCCGAAAUCGCAAGACAUGGGGUUUCCAUGAGAAAUAAGAUGAGAAGAGAGGAGCAGGAAUUGAGGAUGUACCAGAAUGAAGCAAUAUCUAUAUUCUUUCAGGCCCUCGAGAGGAAUUACCCAGACAAGUAUGGUAAGUACGGGAGCAACUCAAAGAAGGAUGUGCCAACUACCCAUAAAGCGCCAACCUUUGGGCCUUACAAUUCCCUCGCCGAUAAAAAAGAGUUUGGGUCAGAGAUUCGGCGCCCCCCACCCCCACCUCCACUUUCUAUUCCCAAAGUUCCUAGCACAACCUCUACUAGGGGCACUCCCCAGACAGGCUUUUUUACUUCCGCCGACGGAGAUGUAAUCAUGCGGGAUUCUCCACUGCCCCCAAAGCCAGGCGCUGCUUCACCGGCAUUGUCAUCACCAGGUAUUAGUCGGGAUCCUCGCAAACCUCCGCCACAAUUUGAUCCAUAUAAGAUGCGAGUUGAUCAAAUAUCACCACCCAAUCUGCCUCCAAACCACUACAGAGGCCGAGGGGAAAAUCCGCCCCACUAUAAUCGUCACGAUGAAUCACGCUCGUCAAAUUCCUACAGACGGCGCGAUGAUCCAUACUCUCGGCGAGAAAGUAUUGAAUCGCGGGGGGCUGUUGCUUAUAGUAACAAGUUCAGGUCUCCAAGGUCACCAUCUUUGCGUAGCCCUUUCAACGAACACGGUGGGGGAUAUCAGGGGUCGAGGCAAGAAAGCGAUCGAACAGGAGGACAGUCGCCAGCUGUCGGCAGAGAUGGUGGCGGGAGGGGAGCAAGUCCAAGAAACAAUAACGCAAUGGAUUCGGGGGAAACGGCGUAUAAUAGGCGUUCGAGUAUGUCAAACAUGAGGCGUUGA